AUGGUAAUUAUAGCCCAAUGCAAGGGCUCGGUGACCAGGACUGACUAUGUAGAUUCCUCCUCGGAUGAUGAUAUGGGCCCGCAACUACCCUCAGCGGCAGCUCCCAAGAAGAAACGUCGCGUACUCCGACACGAGAAACUAUACGUCGCCGCGCUGCCCAAGUCCCAGCGCUACUCUCGCUCCCUCAUGCACAAGGACCAGAUCCUCUUCGCAAAUUGGACCCCCUCGACCGAAUUCCUCAUCACCUCCUCGAUAGACGGCGUCGUUAAGUUCUGGAAGAAGAUUGCGCAAGGGAUUGAGUUUGUCAAAGAGUUCAAGGCACACAAUGGCGAGAUUAAGGGUGUCAGCGUCAGCCAGGACGGACGAAACUUUGCAACAGCUGGCGCCGACGAGACGGUCAAGAUCUUUGAUGUUGUCACCUUUGACCUUCUAUCCAUGAUUGAAUUGGGCUAUGUGCCUGGUUGUGUGGCCUGGGUGCACCAGAAGGGAGCUUCUCUCCCGCUCUUGGCCGUAUCGGAGGCGACCAAACCGCUCAUACACGUAUACGAUGGCCGAGGCGAGAGGGAGGAACCUAUACACACCAUCAAAGGCCUGCACCGGAAGCCGGUGCAUCUCAUGACCUACAACAACAGCUUCGAUUGCGUGGUGUCGGCGGAUGAGGGCGGCAUGAUUGAGUACUGGCGACCGAGCGGUUCCUACGAGAAACCAGACAACGUCUUCGAGUACAAAAGCUCCACCAACCUCUUCGAUUUCAAGAAAGCCAAGGCAGUGCCUUCUUGCCUAUCGGUGUCGCCUGACGGACGGCUUCUCGCGAUCUUCUCAUUGCCUGACCGAAGACUGCGUAUCUUUGACUUCGCCUCUGCGAAACUACAUCGAACCUACGACGAAUCGCUCCAAGCCGCCGAGGAGCUGCAACAAGUCGGGUCCGCUACGCAGAAGCUUGAUCAUAUUGAGUUUGGGCGCCGUAUGGCACAGGAGAAGGAGGUCGAGUCGCAAACGCUGCGCAACAAGUCGAAUGUGAUAUUCGACGAGUCCGGCAACUUCAUACUCUACGCAUCCAUGGUUGGCAUCAAGGUCCUCAACGUAUACACCAACCACGUCGUCAAGGUCUACGGCAAAGAUGAGAACUUUCGCGCUGUCAACCUCGCUGUAUACCAGGGGCAACCGCAGAAGAAAGGGUUCACUACAGUCGAGAUGGGCGCAUCUGCGAAUCCCCUCUUGCAAGAGUCAGAGUCGCGCGAUCCCAUCCUGAUCGCGACAGGCGCUGGCAAGGUGCGCUUCUACAUGUUCACAAACGAGGAGGACUUUUCCAAGUCGACACGCGACAUCCAAAACGAGCGGCCGACCAUGCUGGGCGGGAAGAAGGAGCAGCAGGCGCGCAAAUCCGAGACGGGCAGUGCAGCGAUCAUCCACACCACGUAUGGUGAUAUUCAUCUGCGAUUGUUCCCUGACGCAGCACCCAAGACGGUCGAAAACUUUGUGACGCACUCUAAGAAGGGCUACUACAACAAUACGAUCUUCCAUCGAGUGAUCCGGAAGUUUAUGAUCCAGUGCGGCGAUCCUCUAGGUGAUGGCACGGGUGGUGAGAGCAUCUGGGGCUCGCACUUUGAGGACGAGUUUAGCAGCUUGAAGCACGACAAGCCGUACACGGUGAGCAUGGCGAACGCUGGACCGAACACCAACGGGAGUCAAUUUUUCAUCACGACAGAGAAGACUCCCUGGCUAGACGGCAAACACACAAUUUUCGGACGCGCUACGCAGGGUCUUGAUGUCAUUCACAAGAUCGAAAACGCGCGGACGUACAAGGACAAGCCAGAGGAGGACAUUAAGAUUCUCAACAUUGACAUUUCAUAG